UUAUAAACUUCCCUUCAUCAACGCUACGGCCUUCCCCUUGAAAAUCUAGACACUCCAUUUUUUAUCAUGAAACGUGGAAUUAGAGCUGGUUCAGAGAUUAAUCUGCUGCUUAUCUUCCCCUACAAAUAGGAUUUCAGCACCACAAAUUUAAAUUAGAGAAAAGUCAUGAUACGAAGGAGAUGGGAGGAUUUGGCAUUUGAUUGCUUGAUCUGUGUUUUCUGCAAGUUGGGAUUUGAGGAUCUCACGAUUGCAGUUCCAUUUGUCUGCAGAUCAUGGAACAAGGCCUCCCUUGAUCCGCAAUGCUGGAGAGUUCUGGACUUCAAGGACUUAGAUUUCUCCACAAAGAGCAAGUUCAUAGCAAGGUUCAAAGAAUUGUAUCAGCUGCAGAGCUUCUCCUUCUCUUCUUUCCUGAAGCUCUGCAUCUCAAAAAGCCAUGGAUCCGUCAUGGAGCUUCGCAUUCCCUCCUUGUUCGGCGCAUCCCUGCACCAAGACUUGGUUUUGACGUCCAUCCAAUGUCCAAAAUUAAAGGUGCUGUCUUUACCAACACUUAUAUGGAACGAUGACAAGCAACUCCCAGGGCUGAUGUGCAGCUGGAAGGAAAUGGAAGCUUUAGAAAUGAUCUGGAAGCCAAUUUCAUUUCUGAAAAUGCUAGAGCAAAUCAUGCUCCACUGCCCCAACUUUCAUGAGCUUAAUCUCUGCGGCUUCCUCAAUGGAAAGGAUGCACAGGCAAUGAUCAGAUGCUUGCCUAAGUUGAAGAGACUGCUGAUGAGUGCAUCCUUUCUGCGAAAGGAUGAUUUGGUGAUGAUUUUGGAUGGAUGCAAGGAUUUGGAAGAGGUUGAUGUUUCCAGGUGCAGAGGAUUGGAUGUUGAUGAUGUUUUACUGAAAAAAGCUGCAAAGUUGAGCAAGUUUGAGUUCCAGGGCUGCAAACCUGAAGAAAUCUACGGCAAUGGCUACAAUAAUUAUGAUGAUUUAUUCAUGGAAUUGGUUUUUGGAUACUAG